AUGCCAUCUGCUCAACAACACCAAUCUACGCUAAAAAACGGUGGACGCCGACAGAAAAAAGGACACGGUCGCGAGUCAUCAGGGUAUCAUCACGCAGCUGUUGUCGAAGUUGGAGCCAUGGUGCUCCAAAAUAUGUUCAGUGCGCUCUCCUUCCUGCACUACCGGAAGGACGACGAUUUUGUGGACAGGCUCUCCUACUUUUACACCUCUUCGUUCCUUAUUAUGAUGGCAGUACUUGUUAGUUUCAAACAAUUUGGUGGUCGACCUCUGGAAUGUUGGGUGCCUGCACAAUUCACAGCCAGUUGGGAAGCAUAUACAGAAAUGUAUUGUUGGGCACAGAACACAUAUUGGGUUCCCAUUGAUCAAGAUAUUCCAGUAGAUAUAAGUGAAAGAGAGUAUCGACAGAUAUCAUAUUAUCAGUGGGUACCUUUUUUUCUGUUACUACAAGCAUUUCUAUACUACAUUCCAUGUCUGAUGUGGAGGCUUAUGAGUGACAAAUCAGGAAUCCGAUUAAACGACAUAGUCCAAAUGGCCACAGAGAAAGAAAAUAUAGAGCCGGAUUAUCGGAUAAGAACGAUCGAGAGUUUAUCCAGACACAUUGAAUCCGCACUGAGGUAUCAACACACAGCAACGUCACGGACACAAUACACUUUGCAUCGGGUGUUCAAGUGCUUCAAUAUGAGGUACUACGAAAGUUAUGUCACCGGAAUGUACUUGGCCACCAAAAUCAUGUAUGUCGGUAAUAUUCUCACAAACUUGGUCCUUGUCAACAAAUUUCUGGAGACUGACGAAUAUUCAAUUUAUGGAUUGGGUGUUCUGAGAGAUUUGUUGUUUGGGAGAACAUGGAUAGAGUCGGGAAACUUUCCCAGGGUUACGUUGUGUGACUUUGAAGUUCGUGUUCUGGGAAACAACCAACGACACUCUGUUCAAUGUGUUCUGGUCAUCAACAUUUUCAACGAGAAAAUUUUUAUUCUAAUCUGGCUGUGGUUCACUCUUCUUUUUGUCGCAUCCACACUGGACAUGCUCUAUUGGUUCAGUAUAUCCAUGUUUCAUAGGGAUCGCUUUCGUUUUGUGCUCCGCCAUCUUGAGCUCACAUCGGACCCCGACAAGCCAGAAUUGUUUAGGAAAGAGAAACGAAAACAAGUCGAACAUUUUCUAAGAACAUAUCUAAAAGUUGAUGGCGUACUAGUACUUCGUAUGAUAGCUCUUCAUGCAGGUGUAAUGUUUUGUACAGAGAUUACCGAUGCAUUAUGGAAAAGGUAUUUGAGUCAACAUCCAGAAAAUCUGAUAGACGACGAUUCGUCAUUGAUAACUUUUGCCAGAGCACAAUCAAUUCGACGGAAAAGAAAUGACAGCUCGAAUUCUGAUGGUCAGAAUCAUCAAAGACUCGGCAGAAUAUUGUCACAUAGGAGUACUGGUGGGAGUUUCAGAUUAAAUAGGACACAGUCAACGAAUAGAAGUUUGACUACAGAAAAUAAAGCAGGAGCACCCACCGGCACAAAUGCAGCAGCCUCUCCGAAUACACCUCCUCCCGUACCAAAAAAUGCAACCAGUUCCCGAUUUGGAAAAGUGAAACCUCGUCGAACAGUGGUCACAAUAAAUUCUCAACAAAAUGAUGCUCGAACUAGUCCAGAUCCAAUACAAGAAAUGAGUCGUAUGGAGAAUGUACCUUUAGCCGUAUAG